AAGUUUCGGGAACACUGUACCAUAUCGGCGAACGGAAACAAGAAAAUGGCAUCACUCACUUGCAGAUUCAGGAUAGGAACACAUUUAUCGCGAGUUGUAACGAAUUUAUCCAAUACUUUUCGGUGUAUCGAUUUGGGCUUAUUUAGCUGGAAGUUCAGGAGGCUCGACCAGGAGGCUAGAUAUUCACCGUGUUAUCCAUUCCAACGGAUCUUGUUGUCUGGGAAGAAUCACCCGCAGCACUCAUUUCUUGCAGCCCGACCAUUCUUGGCUGCAUCCUUCCAUUCGACCACCGCUAUCAGAGGACUUGAGGAGUUCUUCGAUGACCCAAAGAAUUGGGGACAACCUGUUGUCAAGGCUGGUAGAGCAUGGAGUAAAGAUGAGUUGAGACUGAAGGACUAUGUCACAUUACAUAAGCUUUGGUAUGUCUUGCUGAAAGAGAAGAACAUGCUCUUGACCAUGCAGACUGAGGCUGACAGGCAAGAAAAAUUUCUUCCAAGUCCCGAGAGGAUUAACAAGGUGGAAGUCUCUAUGGAAAACCUCAAGGUUAUUCUGAAGGAGAGACAAGAAGCUUUGACGGAACUUAAGACAGGCCACAAAGAAGAGCACCCAGGGGAAUGGCAGUAUACUCCAUUUGGCUACAAGAGAUUCGUCAAACCAAAAGAGUACAAAGUGCCAAAGUACAUGAACAAAAUGUGGUCAACGAAAAGAAAGUGGUACGAUCCUUUCUUCGGGCGUUAUCUAUCCCGCUUCUAUGAACAGGAGAUAAAGCGUGGCGGUAGGGAGAGGAGAAAGAGGAGGAGUCACAUAUUAAAACUAAAGCAGAGAUUCCCUGAUUCCGAAAUCUGGGAGAAUAAGUGAACAGUUUGAACUUGUUGCUAUGGAAACCUGCUGGCACUCAUGCAAGGUCCAGCCAUAUUGGACGAUCCAGUUAUUGACAGGUUAUGAUGCUGUGGACCAUUGCAUGGGUGUAGAAUCACUUUGUCUACAAGCUGAUGGUAUAAGACUUCUCAGAUAGUCUCAACCCGAUUCAUCAAUUUUGGUCUAAUUAUUAUUUGAUCUAGAGCCACCAACAUGUCAUGAUUUUUUAUUUGGGUCAGGAAGAGAUGAUUAAAAAGAAAAUUUAUACCUUCUGAGUCUCAGUCCUCAUUUACUCCAACACCCAGAUGGUCUUAUUACAAUUUUUGCUUUUUGUCAAAUGGGAAUUUGAAUCAUAAUCAGAUUAGACUAUGGUGCUAGACCAAGUUGUAUCACAGGCUAUAUCCCAAAAUGGUUAUAGCUUGACUGGAAGUAUAACAAAAUGGUAAAUGGUAUAAAUUGCAAUUAGACUAGACAUUAAAUACAUGUAGAUGAAGUGGUUGUUGACACAAUAUUAUUAGACCAUAAUGGACGAGACCGAUUUCCAAUGGAAACUAGAUGAAGCGGGUGUAGACCAAUACGAGUGAAGUUGACCUCUUGUUUUUGUAAUAGUGAUGCUCUGAAAUCUACCACAUGACUUGUCCAUGGCCAUACACAACGGGGGGGGGGGGGGG